UUGGUCUUCCCGUCUUCGUCUACUCCAUUUUCAAGCGUUUAUUCUGCAUAGCCACCUUGUUUGUCGUCUUGGCUAUCAUUCUACUCUUCUAUGCAACGAAUUCUUCGUUUACCCGUGGAUCUUCCAUCAUCAAAAUGCUUGGAUUAUUUAUCGAAAACUGUUGGGUGAGAAUUAAGGAGAACUUCUAGAUCCUCCUUUGCGUUGGGUCAAUUCCAUGGGACCGUUAAUCGGAUGAACUUGGCAAUAUAAACAAAUAACCUCAGCAGCAACCAUUCUACUAUAAAGAUGAAGAUGAAUCCCACGAUCUAACAUCAUCACUUCCAUCAUUCACUUCCACAUUCAUUACAUUCACUAAACACAUUACAUUCUUUUAACGGGCAAGUUCCAUUUUCACUCUUUCAAUAUGAAGUUCUCAAUUGUUUCUGCUGGUCUUUUGGCCGCAUUCGCCACUGCUGCUCCAACCCCAACCUCCGACGAGAUUGUCAACCGCGCUGCCAUCGCUAAGCGCGCCACUGUUACCGACGCCUGCAACAUUGGUUACGCCAGUACCAACGGUGGUACCAAGGGAGGAGCUGGAGGAGCCACCACCACUGUUUCCACCUAUGCUCAAUUCACCAAGGCUGCCACUGCCGGUAACACCGUCGUUGUCGUUUCCGCUCCUAUCACCCAAGCUGCCAAACAAGUCAAGGUUGCCAGUGACACCACCAUCAUCGGUAAAAACUCCAAGGUCGUUUUCACUGGUUUCGGAUUACUCGUCAAGGAACAAUCCAACGUUAUCAUCCGUAACAUUGCCAUCAAGGAGGUUCUUGCCGCCAACGGUGAUGCUCUCGGAAUCCAAAAAUCUACCAACGUCUGGGUUGACCACGUUGAUCUCUCCUCCAACAGAGAUCACGACAAAGACUACUAUGAUGGUCUCUUCGACGUAACCCACGCUUCUGACUACGUCACUCUCUCCAACUCCUUCAUCCACGACCACUGGAAGGCAUCCCUCGUCGGUCACUCCGAUUCCAACUCCGCUGAAGACAAGGGACAUCUCCGCGUCACCUAUGCCAACAACUACUGGAAGAACGUCAACUCCCGUGGUCCAUCUAUUCGUUUCGGUACUGCUCACAUCUACAACUCUUACCAUGACACUGUUGCCGACGGAAUCAACACCCGUCUUGGUGCUCAAGUUCUUGUCGAAUCUAACGCCUGGACUGGAUCCAAGAAGCCUUUGUACUCUACCGAUGCUGGUUACGCUGUUGCCAACGACAACGACUUUGGCUCUGGAUCCAACGAAGCUGAGAAGGGUACCUUGUCUGCCAGCAAGUUGGGAUACAAGUACACUCUUUUGGGCAGCAGCAAGGUUAAGGCCGCUGUUGUUGGAACUGCAGGUGUUACUUUGUCUUUCUAGAUUGAGAGUCGGCAGUACUCUUGAUUCUUCUUGGGUGAUAUGAGCACUUGAGAGGAACGGGGCAGAGAUAGUACAGGGUACUUUUAGAUUCUUGGUGUAUAUAAAUUUUUUGGUCAGAGACCGUAUAUAUAGAUGUGAAUAGACGGCUCUAGUAGCUAGUCAAUGGAAGAUUUUCACUCA